AUGGGCGACGGCAGAGAUCCAAUUCUAUGUGCUCUGGAUCGUCGUCCACAGCUUCGACGAGCGGUCAAGAGCGCUACGAUCAACUUGGCAGGUACUCUCGAUAAUUGGACCGGCGAAUACAUCGUGAAUGAGGAAUGCAUCGACAUCUUACCUCUGCAUCCCAACCUUGAAGAGAUCAAGAUAGGAAUAAUAUACAAUCCAGUUGGAUGGGAGAAGAUUCUCACCGCGAUAGAAGGGCUCUCUCGGCUGAGGAGACUGAUUGUGAACAGCUCUCUCUCGCCUGGCGAACAUAGCCUAUCAAUAGUGAGGGAAUUCGAAGUUCACAACGGCUAUUCUUCCAAUGAUAUGUGGCGAAAGCCUCGAUUUGCAAGACGAAUACACUCCUUUCAAGACCUUGGCCGCUCGCGCACUCAAGCGGAUUCUAUGCCUUUGUUUUCAAACCUUCAGGAACUGACCUGGAGCCCGGAUUUAGAUUCGCUACUAUCAAUCUGUGAAGGUUUAUCGUCUUUGACACGCCUCAGAAGAUUAAAACUUUGGACUGGGCGUCAAAACAAGGUUCGUGUAUGCUCCACAUUCCCUUCGACAAAUCUAACUCAGCUCGUUGAGCUCGCCAUUAGGUGGAGCCCAUUCAACGAGCAGGACGAAGACUGCACAAUACUCAACUUAAUACAGGCAAUUGCCGGUAAAUCACGACUCGAGAAGCUGGAAUUCAGGUGCACGACGCGAAAGGGUACUCACUUCAACGGUGACAAAAUCAUGGGUCACAUUAACAAAGUGCAUGGGCCAACACUCGUUAAACUUAAAAUUCCAUCUUUUCAUAUUUCUCUUGCUACAAUUAAGAGACUUUGCACAAAAUCACCCCACCUUCAAGGUCUUUGGCUGGGACUCACCCCUUCUAUGAAGACGGGACUUACCUCUGCACUCCAAAACUCGUGCUCCCUUCGAUCAAUUCGCAUCUUCGGCCAGGGUCCCUGGAUGUUUUCGUAUGCGGACGCCUUGAUGCGUCAAACGUGUACCAGUCUAUCUGCCGUCAAAGUUUUCAGGAAAAGCUUCGAGCGAGGACGCUGGUCGAACGAAAAGUACAAAUGGGAGGUUGUCUGGGAAUAUGAUUAUACUCUCGAGUGCGCGGUUCGGCGUGUCUGUGGGCCGCUCAAAGUGCUCGUGCCGGCGAGGAGAGUUCGGGUUCCAGCAGCAGCAGGGGACGAAGAUCAAGACGACGACUAUGAUGACGGUGAAUACGUAGAUCAAGACGACGAUAUGGACGAAGACGAUCUGGAGGAAUAG